CGGUGAUUGACGGUUAGCAUAAAACCAAAAGCUUAUAAAUUUCGCAGGAAUUUACAUAGCAUGUCGGAAACUAAGGGAAUGGUGCCUUGGGAAUUAGAAUGGCUCUCCUCGGAUCAAACAUAACAAGCGAAGUUGGACUCCGAUUGCUCCUUUGUCCACUUGGUUCCAACGUUGUAAUUAGAACAGCAUGCUGUACUGUCGGAGUUGCUAUGCCUGUGUACACUACGUUCAAGGCAAUAGAAAGUAAAGAUCAAGAUGCUCAACAUAGGUGUCUUCUCUACUGGGCAGCCUAUGGUUCAUUCAGCCUUGUUGAAGUGUUCACAGACAAGCUUAUUUCUUGGUGUCCUAUGUACUAUCACCUGAAGUUUGCAUUUCUUGUUUGGCUUCAACUUCCAACUACCAGUGGAGCAAAACAAAUAUAUGCAAACCACUUGCGCCCCUUUUUGUCGAGGCAUCAAGCACGAGUUGAUCAAGUCUUGGGUUUUGCAUAUUGUGAAGUGAUAAAACUUGUCAGUUCAUACCAAGCAGAGAUCCAGUUUGUCAGGAGCAUGGUAGUAAAGAUAACUGGAUCAGCGGAUCAAAUGUUGAGAGGCAAUGCUGAAUCAGAUAAUAGAUCGCCGCAACAUAGUUCACCCGAAGACCCUGCCUCUGAUGCUGAAACGGACCAAAACCACAAUCACUGAUGAGUGCUAGUGCCCUUGGACUGCGUGGAAUAAGAGAGACUAGACUUCUGUUGUUUUCUACAAAUGUUAUUUUUUUAAUUAGCGUUUUUAAGGUAAUCAAUAUUAGAAAUCUUGUAUUUUUCAAUUUUUUUAUGAUAAAAGAGUGAUAGUGUUGUUUAGUGUCUUAAAGGUGUAUCUUUAUAGCUCAAUUGAUUGAGCAAAAUGCUUGAGUUGUUACAAAUUCUCUUGAAUCUUUGAUCCUACAUAUAAAAUUAGUUUCAUUUUUUUUGGGUUUA